CAUAUUUGUGAUAAAUUUUACUAGACCUAACAGUAAAAAAGUUUUAUGGAAAAGAUGGAAAACAAAAAACCUUCACCUGUUUUACUUGUAUUUGAAAGAUUAUGACAGGGUGCCUGUCAACCAUCAGGUUCCUGUAUCAAGAUCAUAUUUUAAUCUAUCAAACAUUUUUAUGCAGAAGAAAAUUGACAAUGUCCAAUGGUCAAGAAAAUACACCUCAUCCUAUUGGUUCAUUUGUAAUAAAUCCCUUAAUUGUUCAAUCAGAUAAAAAAUCUGAUCCUAUGGUUAAUGAAAGUGUUAGUACAAUAUGUGUCAAAGAAAUUAAAGAAAGUGAUGCAAAUAAGUGUGAAAAUGAAAAUAUUAUUGCAGAAGUAAAUGUUACUGACAUGCAUUUGGAGCAGCUUAAGAAAACUCCACCUACAGUUUUUCAUGAAAAAGUGCAAGAUGUUAGUGUUGAACCUUCUAUAUUGCCUUGUUCAGUAAAACCUGAAUUAGAAAAUUCAAACUUAUCUGGAGAAACUAAUUUGAUGAUGAAAUCUGCAGAUGUUCCAGAUAGCAAUAGUACAUUGAUGAUGAAGUUAGCUAUAUCAGGCCCUCCAAAAUGUAAGUUUGAUGAGAAGAAAACUGUGUUACCACAAUCUCUACUUCAUGGUGUGACAGAGCUUGUCAAAAAGCAACAGUUGAUGAAAGCUCUUAAGAUAAGUAACCCAGAAAAUAAAGAGAUAUCAGUGAGUCUGGAGGGUUCUUUAGGUAGAGGGGAUGCACCUGCAGUGUAUGAUUUAAAAAGUGUGAGUUUUUCAAAGGAACAUAGUUUUGAAGCCAUUGAGAAAGCUGAUGAAUUAGGAAAUAGAAACUGCAAACAAUUAAACAUUGAAGAACCAGUAACAGAUUGUAGUUCAGUGAAUAGAAAUCUUUCGUUAGUUGAUACUAAUAAAGUUCCAUGUAAUGAAAACUCUGGUGCAGAAGACCCCGAUUGUAGAUUUUCUAAACAUGAAAAUGAAAUACAAACAGCAUUGUCAGAUAGCUCGCAACAGCAAAUGUUAGAAAAACAAGAUUCUGAGAUAGAAACGCAAGAAUUAAAUUUGUCAUCACUGAAUGAAUUAGUUACAUCAGAGAAGAUAUGUGAAGAUAAUCCAUUAUUUGAAAUGGAUCUAGAUAACCUAAUUGACUGCAAGAACCAUGAAGAAACAAAUAAGGAAGCUGGAACUAGUCAAAGUAUCUCAAUUGUUAGGGAGACAUCUAAAGAGUUAUUUGAUGAUGUUAAAAGUGUCUCUAGAAAGAAAGAAAAGACAACUGAAGAUAUUAUUUAUGACUUGUCAGCUCUUUUCUCAG